AAAGGUAUUGAUUUUAUUUUCGAACAAUUUGUGUCUAGAAUUAGGUUCGUGCAAUUGAAAGAAACAUCACGCCAGAGAGCUCAAAAGAUUCUUUUUUACACUUAACAAGCGACGCGCCUGAGAGAAGCCUCCGAAGAGAAGGAUGUUGAGAGGCCCGAGGAUGUUCUGUUUUGCCUACGAAGAGAGGAAGUCUGAUAUCUGAAAGGAGAAAGCUAUCGCGGGGAAAAGGAAAACCGAGAGCAGCAAAAAGAGAGGAAGGCAUCUGCGCAGCGAAGUGAAAAAAUGACAACCGACCGAAGGAAUUUGAGGGGAAUGUUCUUCCUUUGAGAGUCGACAGAAAAAAAAAAAAAAAACGAGAUAGAGAGAGAGAGCGUGUGCGCGUAGUGGAGCUUUUUGCUGAAAUCUGCAGAAGGGGAAAUUAGGGCAUAGAGCAAUCUUUUAAAAGGUUUUAUUGGUCGAAGUUCAGAAGAGGUAAGAAAGGUUUCUGCUAGGGAUUACCUCUGUGUUCGUGAAGGGAACAGCUCGGUGUCCAUUUGCUUUCAAGGCUUUAGUUCUGUUCCUUCAGGAUUUAAUGGCAUCCAGUAAAGAAAGUGAUGACGCGAUUACAAAUACUUCCUCACCAAAGAACAUAUACAAGGAUCCAGAUGAUGGGCGACAGCGGUUUUUACUUGAGUUGGAAUUUGUUCAGUGUCUCGGCAAUCCUACCUACAUCCACUAUCUGGCUCAGAAUCGUUAUUUCGAAGAUGAAGCUUUCAUUGGCUACUUGAAAUACCUCCAAUACUGGCAACGGCCAGAAUACAUAAAAUUUAUAAUGUAUCCGCAUUGCCUUUUUUUCCUUGAACUUCUUCAGAACCCUACUUUCCGCAAUGCCAUGGCACAUCCUGGAAACAAGGAAUUGGCACACAGACAGCAGUUCUACUUUUGGAAGAACUACAGAAACAACAGACUGAAACACAUUUUGCCGCGGCCUCUUCUUGAACCUACUGGUCCUUCCCCACCCGCAGCUUCUAUCCCACCUGUGCCAGCUGCAACUAUUGCUAUGACAACUGCUUCUUCUCCAGCUCUUUCUCCAAUGCAAUAUGCAAUACCUCCUGGAUCUUCUCUUGCAAAGAACGAUAUGAGAAAUACUGGUCCACCUGGAAUUGAUCGAAGAAAGAGAAAGAAGGAAGGUUGAUAUUCUUCAUAUUCUACCAUAGAAACAACAUUGGACAGACUUCUGCUGAGGAUCACUGGGCAUUUGUUCAGCUCUGAUUUUGUUGCUUUUGCAAUCCUCAUUGGUAUAUCCCUGAGCUCUGCACUACCAACUACUUGGUCGUUUACAUUUUGACAUGGAUGUUGCGCACUAGUUAUGUUAUUUUCCGGUCAAACAUGGGCACUUUUUAAUGUGAUCAAUAUGUUUUCAUUUUUCCGCCAGUAUCUUUAUAUAUUUGAUGAUGAUUAUAUGCGGUGAGGUAGAGAGGAAAAUCUCUUAGCACAAGAAGACAACGUAGUUCUGGUUCAUAUAAUAUAUACAAUAUAUAUGCAGAUUCUGCAGCACAAGAGUUCUGAUUCUUUGGAUCCGAGAUAGCAGCAAGAUCAGCUCUUUCUCUUGCUCCUUUACCCACCUUUUAGUCGAUCUAAAUUAAGCCUAAAUGUAAACGUUAAACCAGAAGUUCUGGUAUUCUAA